AUGACGUUUCCAAUUUUUCGCAGAGCUCAACUUCCCCAUGUGUUUCGAAAUUCUUCCCGCUCAAUCCUCACCGCCCGUGCUGGGAACCCAGCAGGAGCUGGAUCCGUUCCACAAACAUCGCCCUUUGCGCUUCGCCAUUUACUUUCUAUCGACGACCUCACAUCAUCGGAGUUUGUGAAACUCGUCGGCCAGGCCAGGAGAGCAAAGCAGGAAUUUAAGGCUGGACAGACCAGUCCUUCGCUGAAGGAUACAUUAACAGGCAGAACUGUUGCCAUGAUGUUCUCCAAGCGUUCAACAAGGACCAGAGUGUCUACCGAGGCAGCAGUGGUUUAUCUUGGGGGUCACCCGAUGUUCCUUGGAAAGGAUGAUAUUCAGUUGGGGGUUAAUGAGUCACUUCCCGAUACCUCCAGGGUCAUCUCGUCAAUGGUAUCUUGCAUGGUUGCCCGUGUGGGGUCUCAUUCCGAUGUUGUAGAGUUAUCAAAGACAUCCACUGUUCCUGUCAUUAAUGCUCUCUCCGAUGCCUUCCACCCUCUCCAAGCAGUUGCCGAUAUCCUCACAAUAACGGAAAUAUUCCCGGAACCAAAAGGCAUCAAGGUCGCGUGGGUCGGCGAUGCAAAUAACGUUCUCUGUGACCUCGCAAUUGCAUGCGCAAAGUGUGGCAUCAACGUUUCAAUUGCUACGCCAUCUGCCUAUCCAGUCCCACCAGAUAUGCUUCAGCUUGCGCGCAAUGCAGCACAUCUGUCGGGCUCAUCCAUUGUGACCACUCAUGAGCCGGAGGCUGCGGUUAAGGGGGCACACAUUAUUGUGACCGACACCUGGGUCUCAAUGGGUCAAGAGUCUGAGAAGGUUAUAAGGCUUAAACAAUUUGCUGGAUUUCAAGUAUCUUUAGAUCUCGCUGAGAGGGGUGGUGCGAAUAAGGACUGGAGGUUUAUGCACUGCUUGCCGAGGAAACCAGAGGAGGUAACGGAUGAAGUAUUCUUUUCCCCAAGGAGUUUAGUUUUCCCAGAGGCGGAGAACAGGCUCUAUGCAGCAAUUGCUGCAUUGGAAGCUUUUGUGAUUAAGCAAGGGAAUUUUGGGAGGUAGAUGGGCAAGUUGUGUCGAUUCCUGCAUUGUUAUUGCUAUUGAUUGGGGCUGGACAAAAAGUAAUGUGAGGCUGUAGGUUCGUGAUUACAAGCUUUGUAUUCUUGGUGAAGCACAUCUAACCCGUUUUUUUUCUUGAUCCUAUGCUAUGGCUAUAAGAAUUGUGUGACCGGCUGGAUUUGCUGUUUAUUGGACGGGUAUCGUAAAGCGCGAGGUCUGGUUCUGAAGGGGAACUAGUUGGAUCCCGAGUUUGCUUCCUGUUAUGCCAUUUGGCUGGAAUCCAAACCUAUGACCCGCAUUGUUUUUCCCGGGCGAUGUUUCUUUCAGGGCGUUGUAAAGAUAACUAAUAAAGUAUUUUUGUAAA